GGCUGCGUCCGCAGCAUGGCCGGCCUGGGGCGGCCGGGCCCGGGGCCGCGCAGCGCGAUGCCGGCCUGGAAGCGGGAGAUCCUUGAGCGGAGGCGAGCUAAACUGGCCGCCCUGAGCGGAGGUCCGGGACCCGGAGCGGCGCCGGAGGGACAGAACGAGAAGCUGGUUCUGGCCGAGAGUCUGGGUCCGCUAAGCGAGAACCCGUUCAUGAGACUUGAAUCGGAGCGGCGGCGAGGGGCACGGCCGGCGCAGCAGCUGCUGGAGCUGUACCGUCGCGUGCCCGGCGUACGUACCAUCCGAGCCGACAACAUCCUCAUCAUCGAGUCAGCGCCUGGCUUCCCGCCCGCCGUGCCGCCCGCUGCGGGAAUCCGCGCUGCCGAGGUCGUGGUGUACGAGGCGCCUCAGCCGGGCCGUGUCAGCCGCCUGCUGGAGAAGUUCGAUUCCCCAGCCGCGCCCCGCAGCCGCGGAAGCCCGGAGCGCUCCCGCCCUGGGCUCCCUCAGCUUCCCGUGGCGUCUGCAUCUGCUGCCACGCGCGCUCCCACCAAUCGGUCGUUGGCUCCUGGCUCAUCGGUGCUUCCCAGCCCGCCCGCACUCCCUGUUCCGCCUGUCCCCGUUGCUCCGCGUGCGGGUCAGCGCUCCGCCUGUUGCGAGCCCGCGCACCCCGAUGGCACCGCAGGCCCUGGGGCCCGGCGCAGCGAUUUCCUCCAGAAGACCGGCAGCAACUCCUUCACUGUUCACCCCCGGGGCCUGCCCCGCGGUGCGGUCAAUCGCUCGCUUUCUAAUGGACCCAUGACCCAGAAGUCCCCGGCCGGCCCUGCCAAUGGGUUGUCGGGCUCUCCUCCUGCGCCGGGCAAGUGGAAGCCAAAGGUGGAGUCAGAGGAACCCUCUCUCCACCCACCCCCAAGCCCUGGGACCCCAAGUGCCACUCCAGUUGGGCCCCCUGCCAGUCCAGCCAGUGCCACUCCCAGCCAGCGCCGGUGGGUCUCCUCUGCCACCAGCGCCAAUGACUCCUUCGAAAUAAGGCCAGCCCCCAAGCCAGACGUGGAAACUAUCCCAAUCGGGGACCUUCAGGCCAGGGCCCUGGCCAGCCUCCGUGUUAACUCCCGCAACUCCUUCGUGUUGAUCCCCAAGCGCAAGGCCCUUGGGAGCCAUCCUUCGGAGGGGAGGCAGGCAGAGGAGCCAAACGCGGAGGUAGGCUGGGCCUCUCAGAGCCAGGGGCUCAGAGCCCAGCUGGCAUCUACAGUGGAUGGUUCACCCGCCCUGGAGAGGAGUUCCUUGGCUGCUGAAGUGCAGUGGGCACCUAGGGAGGAGGGCUGCCCCAGGCCAGCCACUGCUGUCACAGACCAGUCUGUUAGGUGGCAGAGGCCAUCCUCACCACCUCCACUUCUACCAGCCACUGUUGAAGCUGAGCCGGCUGAGGGCUUGGGGGUUCCUGGCCUGGCCAAGAAUGGCCAGGAGCCUGGGAGGCCAGGACUUCCAGUCACCUUCAUUGAUGAAGUCGACUCAGAAGAGGAAGCCUCUCAAGAAGCCAAACUGCCCUCCUCAGCCGCUGGUGUGCCUCCCCAGCACCACCUGCACCUUGCCAGGCCUGGGCACACCUCAGAACUCCCAAACCGAGGCGGCAACACUUUCAUAGUGGUGCCUAAGAGGAAGCCAGAGACCCUUCAGGAGCCACACUUCAGUCAGGCCAAUGGGCAGUCCCAGCAACAGGAGGCUGAGGAACAGGAUGCUGAUAGCCUCUCAGGACCCCACACUGCCCUGGAGAACACCCUCAAGAAACGCUACCCCACUGUGCAUGAGAUUGAAGUGAUCGGUGGUUACCUGGCCCUCCAGAAGUCCUGCCUCAUCAAGGCUGGCUCUUCAAGAAAAAAGAUGAAGAUAUCCUUCAAUGACAAGACCCUGCAUACAACGUUUGAGUACCCUUCGGAGAGCUCCCUAGCACAGGAAGAAGCAGAGGAGGAGGAGGAAGAGGGAGAGGAGGAUGGCGAAGAGGAGGAAGUAGGGCUUGACUCAGAGAAGCCCUUUGCCCUCUUCCUGCCCCGGGCCACAUUUGUAAGCAGUGUGGGCCCUGAGAUCCCCCGACUCCCAGAUGGCAGCUCAGGCCUGUCCAGCUACACUCCCAAGCAUUCUGUGGCCUUCAGCAAGUGGCAGGAGCAGACAGUGGUGCAGACUCCAAGUGAGGUGGAACCCCCACCUAAGGAGGUCAUGCUAACACCUGCCAGUCAGAACGAUCUCUCGGACUUCCGCAGCGAGCCAGCCCUCUAUUUCUGACCCCUGGGGCUGCCAGGAUGGCCAAGACUUAGCCCCAAGUGUGGUGGUUCUGGAAGCAAGUCAAAGCCCAGGAGCCCUGACUUUAUUCUGUGUCCCUUCCAUCUGGCUCUCCCAGCCUUCCUCUCUCCCUGUUGCCUUCUGCCCUUAGGGCCAGGUCUGAAUCUCAUUCCUGUUUGAGGCUCCAGAGAACAGGUGGGAAUUGCCUAUGGGAUAGGCUGACAUCUGUG